AAAACCUGACAGCUCGUAUAGAAAUAAUUGAAUCUAUGCCAAAAAUUACCAGCCGCAAGCACGUAGAACAACUAGAACGAGAACUAGGUAUAAAGAAAGGAGAUGUUGGAUAUUGGGAAAAUUCCAUAAUAAAUUAUAUAGUGAAGGAUGUACAGCUAUGGGACAACACCGAAGAUCUGGAGGGAAUUCAAAACUCAACCCAAAUAUACCAGAAAACGCAACAAGAGAUGGGAUCACGUGAUAAGAGAAACGUGCCCAUGAAUAAUUACAACAAAUAUUCAGUGCAGUACACGCAACCUCAAAUGUAUGCGCACAACGGACCAAAUGUACAGUAUACACACAUACCAGACCAGAGAACCCAAUAUCAAGGUCACCAGGGAUUCAAUACAAUGAAUACUACGUAUAACACGCGUGAAGACAACAUGAAGAAACGUGCAGACAAAAUAAAAUCAAUGGAAAUAUUGAUUAGAAGUAACAACUUGAAAUAUACAGCAGAUUCACAGCCUAAACAAUGGUUACAAGCAUUUACUGAGACCUGCAUCGAACAAGAAAUGGAGUUCGAAGAAAGAAUUGACUUAUUAAAAAUAGCAAUAGCCAGUGAGAAAGAAUGGUUUAAACAGAACGUUAACACAUGGACAAACUGGGAAGAUGUCAAAAAAUCAUUUAAUGUGGCAUUUUGUAAAACAACUCUAGACACGGAAGUACUUCAGGAAAUAUUCAGCAUAUACCAAAGGAAAAAUGAAAAUACACAGGAAUUUGUGAGACACAUGAGAAGCAAAUUCGCUGAGCUAGAAGAUCCAAUGACAACAGCAAAACAACUGGAAAUAAUAAAACCAAAGCUGACCAUAGAAAUUCAGAGAGAAUUGAAUUCUAUGCAAAAGGCAACGACGUAUAAACAAUUUGCUGAAUUAAUAUCAAUCGCAGAAAGCAGAGUAGCGGACAUCCGGAGAGUGAAAGAAGCCAGAAAAAUACCAGUACGUAGGCUACAAACAACAAGAGAUUCAGUGAAUGAAUCUACGGAGUCAAGUUCUGAAGAAGAAGAAACAACUAUAUGCAGAGUAAAAAGAAAAAGCAGGAGAACUGCUGUAAAUAAAAUUAAAUCGAUAAAUCACAAUAAAGAUGACGAUAAAAAAAUUAAUGUCAUCUUUAACAGGAAAAACCAGCACAAUGACAGAGAGAGAUCAAGAUCACGAGAUCGCAGCAAUAGAUCUGGGUCCAACACUUCAAGAGGCACGAGUAAAUCUGUAGGAGGCACCUACACGUGCUUGAAUUGUGGAAUGAAAGGCGGACACAAAACCAGGGAUUGCGAAGAGGAUAGAGUCGACGUUUGUGUGCGAUGUUUCACCGUGGGAGCAACAGCUAAACAGUGUAGCUGUAGAAAAAACUAACUGAGCGAGUGCGAUAUACGCAGUGUCCCGUACUCGCGACAACGUUAGCAGACUGCGCUUCGGAGCAAGAGGGGGGAGGCCACCCAUCUCACCACCCCAUGGAAACAGAAAGUGAUGGAGUAUCAGACGACCGACAGUCAACGGCCGAAUCAGAUCAAAGUGACAACGGUGAAGUAAAUAAAAACAGGUCUGAUAUAAACAAUAAUUAUAAAAUUAAUAGUAGUGUCCAGAAUAGUGUCGUGAUGGGUAACUGUAUAGCUAAAUGCUGCGGCGCAGACUACUACGUGCCGUCUCCUACAAAGGACAAAACACCUGCAGUACCUAAACCAGCGAUUAAACAACUCAUUACAGUAUCUGAGGGAGCAAACGUGAAGCAAAGCGUACAACUAAGCGAUGGCAGAACUUGGGAGAUUCUUGUACAGCAAAGAAACCUCAAAAGACAAGAAAGCAGAUCAACAACUACUGCGGACCUGUAGAUUCCAUGGAAGAAUCGGCGAUCGUA